CUGGUUUCUGGGCCUCAAGCUCAGUGGUUGAACACACCUGGCUGGUGCCUCAGAUAUCACCAUGACCCAAAAUAAGGAGUUCAUCUUCACUGCUGCUGAUCUGGACUUUGAUUAUGACUUUGGAAACUUCACUGGCAUGCCACCUGUUGGGUAUGAGUACAGCCCCUGUAUAAUAGACCCUCAGACUGUCAACAAGAACAUUGUUAUUGUCACCUAUUCCCUGGUGUUCCUGCUAAGCCUUCUGGGAAACUCCUUAGUGAUGCUGGUCAUCUUAUACAGUCGGGUGAGCCGCUCCGUCACUGAUGUCUACCUGCUGAACCUGGCCAUAGCAGACCUGCUCUUUGCCCUGACCUUACCCAUCUGGGCAGCUGCCAAAGAGAAAGGCUGGGUUUUUGGCACACCCCUGUGCAAGGUGGUAUCCCUCUUGAAGGAAGUCAACUUCUACAGUGGUAUCCUGUUACUGGCUUGCAUCAGCAUGGACCGCUACUUGGCCAUUGUCCACGCCACACGCACACUGACCCAGAAGCGUCAUUUGGUGAAAUUCAUAUGUAUGGGCAUCUGGGGGCUGUCUUUGUUGCUAUCCCUGCCUUUCUUUAUCUUCCGUGAGGCCUAUAGUCCAAAUAACUCAAGCCCAGCCUGUUAUGAGGUCCUGGGCAAUAAUACAGCCAAAUGGCGAAUGGUGUUACGUAUCCUGCCCCACACCUUUGGCUUCCUCCUGCCCCUGCUGGUCAUGCUGUUCUGCUAUGGAUUCACAAUGCGCACACUGUUUAAGACCCAGACGGGGCAGAAGCACCGUGCCAUGCGGGUCAUCUUUGCUGUGGUGCUUGUCUUCCUGCUCUGCUGGCUGCCCUACAACCUGGUCCUGUUGGCAGAUACCCUCAUGAGGACCGGCAUGAUUGAAGAGACCUGUGAGCGCCGCAGUGACAUUGACCGGGCCAUGGAGGCCACUGAGAUCCUAGGUUUCCUCCACAGCUGCCUCAACCCCAUCAUCUACGCCUUCAUUGGCCAAAAUUUCCGCAAUGGAUUCCUCAAGAUCUUGGCCACCCACGGCCUGGUUAGCAAGGAGUUCUUGACACGUCAUCGUGUUCCAUCUUAUACUUCUUCCUCCAUCACUGUCCCUUCAAACCUCUGAAAAGUACCACCAAAAGAAAAUCUCGCCCUCCAAGGAAAGAAUAACCAUCACCCCAAGAUGGCAUGUGUGUGCUGUUCGUCUGCUCUGGGCAGAUGCUCUCUGGGUUUGAGAGGAAGGCAUCUUCUGGAAGGAGUAUUCAGGCUCACACACCUCUUCUGAGGAAGUGCUGAGAGACUUCCUACACUCGUGUCUCACUUCCAUGAACUGGAGAGUCAUCCUUUCCUUUGAACUCAGCCAUCUUGGAUCUCCCAGCUGGGCAACCAGAAUGCUUCUAUCUGUAGCUUGAAUCCAACAUUCAAGAAUUGGGACUGACAAUGGUUUCCUUUAUGGGCUGGACUUUCCUGAUGAUCCUCUCUAGACUGCAACUGCUGAGCAUGGCCUAGUCAGGUUCGAGCUACAGUAGCUCUACGAUCUGAGCUUGUGUCUCAGAUAUCACCUGUGUAUGCUGGAGACACUCGGCCAGCUACUACUGCGAGAUCAAGCUACAGGGUAGCUGUGUAUUGGAGCUGGAAAGCAUC